AUGACCUGCGAAGCCUGCCGCACCAUCCCCCCCGUCGUCGCCGAGGGCUACACCCCCAAAGGCACCUACGACGGUGUCGCCGGCCUCAACACCUAUAUCACCGGUUCUCACGAUGCCGCUUACGGUCUGAUCGACAUCUGCGACAUCUUCGGCCUCUCCAGCCAAACCCUGCAGGGCGCCGACCUCCUCGCCGCCCGGCUGGACGCCGUCGUCCUCGUCCCGGAUUUCUUCCACGGGGACAAGGCCGACUCCUCCUGGCUGCCGCCCGACACCCCGGAGAAGCAGGAAGCGUUGACCAAGUUCAUCUCGACCCGCGCCUCGUGCCCGGACGCGGUCCAAGUGCUGGCGGCUGCUGUACCGGUCUACCGGGAGCGGUUCCCGAGCGUGCAGGCGUGGGCUGUCACGGGGUUGUGCUGGGGUGGGAAGGUGGCCGUUCUCGCCUCCGGACCGGACACGCCUUUCAUCGCGUCGGGUCAGGUGCAUCCCGGACGCAUGGAAGCAGCGGACGCGCAGCGGCUGACAAUCCCGCACAUCGUGCUGGCUUCCAAGGACGAGCCCGCCGAGGUGGUGGAGGCGUAUGCGAAGACGAUCGCCGAGAACGGGCUGGGCGGGCACGUGGAGACCUACCGGACCAUGUGGCAUGGCUGGAUGGGGGCCCGCGCCAACCUGGAGGGCCAGGAGAGUCUGGCCGAGUAUAAGCGGGGGUAUAACCAGUUGGCGGAUUUCUUCGAAAAGUAUUUUCAAAGGAAGGUUGGUGGGGCGAGGAUCUGA